AUGGCUGCAAAUACUACGGGUACACCCCACUCGAAUAGUAGUGCUCGAAGAAAAAAUCGAAUGAAAGCUCCAUUUGGAGAUGAAGAUAUACAAAUUGUAUUUGCUUUACCCGGUGGAAAUGAUCACUUUCAGCGACGCGCAUCACUUAGUAGAAAAACUGCAUUCAUAUACGAUGAACGUAUGUUACUGCAUAAGAAUAAAUGGUUUCCUAAUUUUGUCGAAUGUCCUGAACGACUGUCUACUGCCUUGGAUAAAUGUACAACGUAUGGAUUAUUGUCACGCUGUUUAAUUAUAAAUCCUGAACCAGCAAAUGAUGAAAUGCUUUCACGUUUUCAUAACAUGGAAUACAUUGAACAAAUUAAGCGUACUACAUCAAUGCCUGAGAAUGAGUUGAAAGAGUUAAGCGCUACCUUGGAUUCUGUUUAUUUCAAUGAGCACACUGAUUUAUCCGCAAGAUUAUCUGUUGGAUCAUGGAUACAAGCAGUGGAUUUAGUUCAUCGUGGAGAUGUUAGAAAUGCUUUCUGUUUAGUCAGACCCCCAGGUCAUCAUGCAUUGGAGAAUGAAGCUUGUGGAUUUUGUAUAUUCAACAAUGUGGUGAUUGCAGCUCAAUAUGCUAUGGAUCAAUUGAAUUAUAAUCGUAUACUCAUUGUUGAUUGGGAUGUUCAUCACGGGAAUACUACUCAGUAUGCCUUCUACGAUAAUCCAAAAGUCCUAUUCAUAUCUAUUCAUCGUUAUGAUAAUGGUCAGUUUUGGCCUAAUCUACGUGAGUCGAAUUAUGACUUCAUUGGUACUGGUCGUGGUCGUGGUUAUAAUGUGAAUAUUUCACUAAAUGAGAAAGAUGUCGGGGAUUCAGAUUAUCUAACUAUAUUUCAUCGCAUUAUACUUCCUUUAGCCUAUGAGUUCGAUCCUGAAUUAGUGCUUAUUUCUGCUGGAUAUGAUUCUGCAUUUGGUUGUCCCCUGGGUGAAUUGAAUCUUAGCCCUUCUUUAUAUGCUCAUUUAACGCAUAAGUUGAUGGCUCUUGCUGAAGGAAAAGUUAUUGUCGGUUUAGAAGGUGGUUAUUAUUUGGAUUCAUUAGGUGAAUCAGUUGGUCAUACUUUAUCCGCUUUACUUGGUGAUCCGAUGCCAUCUUUAGAACCAAUGAAACCAAUUAAUCCAAGUGUUCUACAGACAAUAUCGAAUUGUGUAUCUACGCUAAGUUUUCGAUGGAAAUCAUUACAUUUAUAUCCAGUGUCGAGUAUUAUCCCAUUCCCUGAUAUAAGUCAUUUAAAAUUGCAAAGUUGGUUCGAUAUAAAAGUACCAAAUUUUGAACCAACAGACAGAGGUCAUAAACCUGAAGAUAAGGCAAAAAUUGAUGCGAAAUUAGAACACUUAAAGUCUACACAUCCUGUAGCGUGUAAUACUAAAAUAUCUGGUACUUGUCUAGUUUAUGAUAGCAGAAUGGAAAAUCAUAAAAAUGAAGAAGAUCGUACUCAUCCUGAAAUGCCAAAUCGUAUAAGAUAUGCUUAUGAAAUGUUAGAUGAACUUGGUCUGUCACGUCGGUGUAAACGUAUUGAAGCCCGUUAUGCUACUCAAGCUGAAUUAUUACGUGUUCAUACAGAAGAUUAUGUCAAUAGAAUAGCUGCAACAGCAAGUAUGGAUCAGUCAACAUUGAAUGAUUUAGGCGCUGUAGAAGAUUCAAUUUUUUUCAAUCGCCAUACUUAUGAUAGUGCUCGUUUGGCAAGUGGUUCCGUCAUCGCUGUUGUGGAUGAAGUGUGUUCAGGUGGUAGUUUAAAUGGCGUGGCGGUAAUUCGUCCACCUGGUCAUCAUGCAUUUAAAGAUGGUUGUAUGGGAUUUUGUUUUUUUAAUAAUAUUGCUGUCGGCGCUAGACAUGCACAACAAGUACAUGGAUUGGAAAGAAUUGCAAUUAUCGAUUGGGAUGUUCAUCAUGGAAAUGGGACAGCGAAGAUUUUCGAAGAUGAUCCAAAUAUUUUAUACAUUUCAGUGCAUCGUUUUGAUAAUGGUCGAUUUUUCCCAAAUACCGACUUUAGUUCAGCUCAAUUUUGUGGUCUAGAUGAAGGUUUAGGUCGUACAGUACAUGUGGCAUGGAAUGGGAGACAUGUUAAAGACGGGGAAUAUAUUAUUGUCUUUAAUAAUAUCAUCAUUCCAAUACUGUAUGAAUUUAGACCACAGUUGAUUUUAGUCUCUGCUGGUUUUGAUGCUGUUCGUGGUGAUAGACUGGGUGGAUUAGGCGUGUCUCCAGAAUGCUUCGGUCAUCUCACCCACUUGCUGAUGACAGUUGCCCAUUUAAAUCCAUCGGCGUAUACAUUAAAUCAACAAAAAGAAAGCCAAACUGCUACUACUGCUCCUGCUACUACUAGUAGUAGUAGUAUUGCAACACCUUCCACAAACGCAGUUAGACAAACACGUCAACGUAUACAUCAAGAGAAAUCAGCUUCGUAUUCUGGUGGUGUAAUUAUUGCCCUCGAAGGGGGAUAUCAAUUAUCGGGUACAGCUGAAUCGCUGUGUCAUUGUGUCUCUGUUCUACUCGGAGAUAGUUGUCCACGUUUAGCAGCUAAUCUAUCAGCUUCUGAAAAAGGCUGUAAAGCUAUUCGACAAGCAAUUGAAAUACAUGAAAAAUACUGGAAUAUGCUUAAAGGGUUUGAUCCAGUUGAUUAUUUUUGUGAUCCAGAUUCAAUUCGUCGUAUGGUGAGUUCUAGGCAUACACGACAAAAUCCUCAGAAUAAUAUUUCUCCGAAUGAAACUGAUCUAAUCCUUCACUCCCAGUUGGACGACUUGAGCUUAGAUGAUGGUGUUCUCACUACACCAACGUGUAAUGACUUUUCACAUCUUCGUAAUACACCGCUGUCUUUAGCUGUCAGUGAACAAGCCGGUGUUGGUGGCGGUGUUGUCACCGGAUCAACAUCGAUCGCUUCAAAUAGUGGUGGUACAAUUAUCCGACCCGACGUGAAUCCUCCACGUAGUGAAGUUUCGACAACACAUCAUACUGCAACUGUUGGCCAGAGGUUAUCUACUAGUGUAGCAGCACCUUCAUCGUCUGGUACACUUCAAGGUGCUGGUACUAUACCGUAUUUAAUUGAAGAAUUAUCAAAUUUAAGAGUUAGUUAUCCAGCUACUGAUACAAGUGACAGGUCAAGUUUAGCCUCAGAACUUGUUCAUACACCACAAAUACAACAUUAUCAACCAGAAGCAUUAAAUGCUGGCGGUUCAGUAAAUGUAGAAAGAAAUCCUAAUGGAACUCAACAACAACCGUCAACUUCAAAUGGAUUCGCUGCAGCGACAACUGUACACGAUUUAAUGAAUUUAACUGAUAUCACUUCAGAAGAUAUUCAUGAUUUCUUUGGACUACCAAGUUCACAUCAACUACCAUCUCGUCUGUUUGCUGUCACUCCACUAAGCUGGUGUCCACAUUUAGCCUCAGUACAAAAUAAUCCUACUUGGGAACCGGAUAUUCACACGUUAUGCAGACGUUGUGAUAAUCAUAGCGAGAAUUGGGUCUGUUUAUCUUGUUAUGCGGUUUAUUGUGGUCGUUAUGCUAAUUCGCAUAUGAUUGAACACUUUUCGUCAUCACGACAUCCUAUUGUCCUUAGUUAUGCUGAUCUAUCGUCAUGGUGUUAUGAAUGUGAAUCUUAUGUACAUAAUGAGUCGCCAAGACGAAAUUCACACUCUUCUAAAACAAAACUGCAUGUUACAAAGAAGAAGAAGAAUAAAAGAAGGAAUCAACAGAUAAGAAUAAAGAAAAAGUCUGAAACAUUGACUUCUGUUGAACGUAAACGUUUUCUUGAAACUACUGAUGAAACUGCAGAAACAAGUGAACAACAGUCAACUAUGUCAGAGUUUACUGAUUCCCCGGAUUUACUGACAUCUACUUCACAAUCAACAGGUCUUGUUUAUGAUGAACGUAUGCUGAAGCAUAAACAUGAAUGGUUUAUUGAAGAGCAAGAAAGUCCACGUCGUAUACAACAAGCAUUUCAACGUUGUCUUGAAGAGGAUUUAGUAUCUCGAUGUGUUCGUGUACCGGCUCAAUCAAUCAGUGAAAACGAUUUAGCACUUGUUCAUGACAGAGGAUAUAUUAAAAAGGUGAAAGAAUCAGCAAAAAUGACAAAUCGUGAAUUAUACUCACUAUCAGGACAAUAUGACGGUGUAUUCUUUAAUCAGUCUACAUGGUUAUGCGCAAAAUUAGCUGCUGGUAGUGUAAAACGUCUUACUCACUUAGUUUACAGUGGUAGACUAGCAAAUGGUUUGGCACUGGUUCGUCCACCUGGUCAUCAUGCUAUGCAGUCGGAAGCCUGUGGUUAUUGUAUAUUUAAUAAUAUUGCUAUAGCUGCUGCAAGUCUACUUCAACCAAGACGGCCGAGUCCAUCGCCAUCAUCUUCACCACCAGAAGAUUCAAUUACCAAUGAAUUAUUAUCAGCUCAACGGAUUCUUAUUGUCGAUUGGGAUAUACAUCAUGGACAAGGAACACAAUAUACAUUCUAUGAUGAUAAUCGCGUUCUAUUCAUUUCAAUUCAUCGUUAUGAGAAAGGAAAUUUUUGGCCAAAUUUACGUGAAGCAAAUUAUGAUUUCAUUGGUGAAGGAUUAGGUAAAGGUUAUAAUAUCAAUAUCCCAUUGGAAGAGAUUGGUAUGACAGACUCUGAUUAUUUGGCUAUAUUUCAUCAACUUAUUUUACCUAUAGCCACUGAGGGAAGAAUGUGGCUUAGUCCUAUGGUAUUUGGACAUUUUGUACAUGAGUUGAAAUCACUUGCUGGUGGAAAAGUUGUCAUUGUUCUUGAAGGUGGCUAUUUUGUAGAUAGUUUAGCUGAAGGAACAGUACACGUUUUAAAGGCAUUACUUGGCGAUCCACUAUCACCCCUGCAAUUGAUUCGACCACCAUGUUCAAGUGUUAAGCGUACAAUUAAAUCCUGCAUUGUGGCUUUACGUGAUCACUGGAAAAGUAUUGGAACUGCUGAUAUUUCUAAAAUCAUUCCACGACCAAGUUUAAAACAUCUGCCAAAUAUAUCAUGGUCACUUAUGAAAACUAUUGCCUGGCCUGAAACAAAUCCUCAACUGCCUAGAGUAUUAACAAAUCAUAUUCAACAAUUAUUAACUAAACACUUUCCUGCACCUUUAUCAAUACUGAAUAAGCAUAGUCAAGGAGGUGAUCCACAAUUGACGCUAAUUCUAAUGCCAACAUCACCAUCGUUAUUAUCGCCAUCAUCAUCGUUAUCGACGCCUACAGCGUCAUCAUCGGCAUCCUUGUCAAGGUCAUCAUCGUUGACAACCUUAUCGUCAACAUCAUCGUCAUCAUCAUCGACGACCUCCAGUUUACCAGUUAGACGUAAAUCUGCAGGUGGAAAACGACUGCCCCACCAACAACAACAAAAACAGCAACACAACCAAGAGAACAGAAGUUCUAUCCCUGAAAGCCUACUGAAGAAACUUCAUGGGAAAGUUCACAUCCAUUUCUAUAAUGACCCUGAUACAUCAGCAGUUGAUUACAUUUGUCCAGGGGAUGAAUUCAAUCCAAUUAAAAAAUCUCGACUCAUUGAACCGGCUUCUUCAUCCAGUCAACAUUUAUCAUCUAGGAAGGGUGUCAAACAGCUUAAUAAUGCUGGAGAUGACAAAUGUGUCGGCAGUGUCAAGUCAAGGCAAGAAUUAAAGCGAAUUCAUGAGAAAUCAACUAAACGUGUAAAAAGUAUUUUAACAGAAUUGAAAUGUAAUUGUACAUUUUAUCCAAUUACUUCUAAAGGUCAAAUUGGUAAAGAUACUGCAGAAAGCGUAAAAAUGACUAUAAAAGAACCAUUUUUAAAUCUACAGACAGCAUUUACUCAAGCAUUGAUAUCAGUGUUCAUGGGAGAGUUUCAUCGUCUUUACAUUUCUGUUAAGUCGCUUAGUCUGUUGCAAUUCAUUAAUGCUAUCACAGACAUACCGAUACAUUUUUUAUCAAAUUAUCGUGAAAGAAUCUUUCGACCGCGCUACUUUCAAAUGAACAGUAAUAAAACUAAUACUGGAAAUAGUAACAACAGUAAUAGCAAGAAUGGUAUUAACGAUAAUAAUAAUGGUGAUCGUACUGCUGCUUACAUGAAUUCAUUUAAACAACUGAAAAAAGAAUCACUGUUCAAUAUUCCAAUUGUGAAAGAUGAAAGUUUAAAACAGUUAGCCAAUGUUUAUUCACCAGCGUCAUCAUCAUCAUCUUCACCUUCAUCACUGGAUUCUUUACCUCUGUCAACAGCUUCAAUGUCUCGAUCUCCUAAAGCUCUGUCAACACCAUCGAAAUUCAAGGGUAAAAGUAGAUUUACUGAUAGACAUACCUUAGAAAAAAUAAUUGGUUACAAUCUAAUAAAAUCUGAAGAUUUCUUCAUUAAACCAUGUCGUGUACUUGUCCUGGACUUAGCUGGUACCAAAGAAUUCAAUGAGAAAAAAAUCAAAGAAAUCAACACCUCGUUAUCAGGAGUAUCCUCGAAAAAUAUUCAAUGCGAGUAA